UUGCAGCCCUCUCAGCUGUCAGAUGCAGUGAUCUCCAUGGUAACUCAAACCCCCAGACUCUGGACAGCAGCCUGCGAGGAGCAGCAUUCAGCAGCUCGAGGGUCUCACGACCAGAGCUUGGAUCACACUUCUCGUAAACCUCAUCAUAUUGAGGUUGGGCUAAGAUGAGCAUAACCAGUGACGAAGUGAAUUUCUUGGUGUAUCGCUAUCUCCAGGAAUCGGGUUUCUCGCACUCGGCCUUUACCUUUGGUAUCGAGAGCCACAUCAGCCAGUCCAACAUCAACGGAACACUAGUGCCACCUGCCGCACUCAUCUCCAUCCUCCAGAAGGGGCUGCAGUAUGUGGAGGCUGAGAUCAGCAUCAACGAAGAUGGUACAGUAUUUGAUGGCAGGCCAAUAGAAUCACUGUCCCUGAUAGAUGCAGUGAUGCCUGAUGUUGUUCAGACCCGACAGCAAGCAUUCAGAGAGAAGCUAGCUCAGCAACAAGCCAGCGCAGCGGCAGCAGCGGCAGCGACGGCAGCGACAGCGGGAGCAACGACGACUGCUGUUUCCCAGCAGAACACACCAAAGAACGGAGAAGCCACUGUGAAUGGAGAGGAGAAUGGGGCACAUGCAAUAAAUAAUCAUUCAAAGCCAAUGGAAAUUGAUGGGGAUGUUGAAAUUCCUCCUAACAAAGCAACAGUCCUUCGGGGCCAUGAAUCAGAGGUGUUCAUCUGUGCCUGGAACCCUGUCAGUGACCUGCUAGCAUCAGGAUCCGGAGACUCAACAGCCAGAAUAUGGAAUCUCAAUGAAAACAGCAACAGUGGUUCCACUCAAUUAGUUUUGAGGCACUGCAUAAGAGAAGGAGGACAUGAUGUCCCCAGCAAUAAGGAUGUGACUUCAUUGGACUGGAAUAGUGAUGGAACACUAUUGGCUACAGGCUCAUAUGAUGGUUUUGCAAGAAUAUGGACAGAAGAUGGUAACCUUGCAAGCACCUUAGGUCAACAUAAAGGUCCAAUAUUUGCCCUGAAAUGGAACAAAAAGGGGAAUUAUAUUUUAAGUGCUGGCGUUGAUAAGACAACAAUAAUUUGGGAUGCUCACACAGGAGAAGCUAAACAGCAGUUUCCUUUCCAUUCAGCUCCUGCUCUGGAUGUAGACUGGCAGAACAACACUACUUUUGCCUCCUGCAGCACUGACAUGUGCAUUCAUGUAUGCAGACUUGGCUGUGAUCGCCCUGUUAAAACCUUUCAAGGACACACAAACGAGGUUAAUGCAAUCAAAUGGGACCCAUCUGGCAUGCUACUAGCAUCUUGCUCUGAUGAUAUGACAUUAAAGAUUUGGAGUAUGAAGCAAGAUACCUGUGUACACGAUCUUCAGGCUCACAGCAAAGAGAUUUAUACUAUCAAAUGGAGCCCUACAGGACCAGGCACCAGCAACCCAAACUCCAACAUCAUGUUAGCAAGUGCUUCGUUCGAUUCCACUGUUCGGCUGUGGGACGUUGAUCGAGGAGUUUGCAUCCACACAUUAACAAAGCAUCAAGAGCCUGUCUACAGUGUAGCUUUUAGUCCUGAUGGAAAAUAUCUAGCCAGUGGGUCCUUUGACAAAUGUGUCCAUAUAUGGAAUACUCAGAGUGGAACUCUAGUACAUAGCUACAGAGGCACUGGGGGCAUCUUUGAAGUCUGCUGGAAUGCUAGAGGAGACAAAGUGGGAGCAAGCGCAUCAGAUGGAUCGGUUUGUGUUCUAGAUCUGCGGAAGUAAAGUGAAAUGUUUUAGAAGAAAUUUCAAAUGGACCAGCAGUGAAUGUGUGGGGAGAAGCACUCUUCAAAACUAUUCUGAACAGCUCCAGAACUGUAUGAACUUGAACAAAGUUAGAGUGUACCGUGAAACCAACUCUCCCUGGCCACAGGUGACUAGUAUUUUGUCCGUAACCUUCAUCAAGGAGUAAAACCACAGUCACUUCAGAGGGGGAGGGAAUGGUUUCCACCUGGAACAUUCAGCCUUGGAAGCAUGAAGCCACCAGCUAGGCAUUGCACUGUUUGGUUUGCGUCUGAGAACUUGCUCUGAUGGCUGGGAAUAAAAAGCUGUGCCAAAAAAAAUUAAUUAAAAAAAAAAAAAAAGAAAAAAAAA